AGUUGAGAGGCCAUGGAAUUGCAUUAACAGGGGUGAAGAAGUUUGGCCUUCCACUUAGCUCUCGCCUGAUCAGUAGGUGUCAGAGGAAGUUCAUCUGGCUUGUGAAAGUUCAACACCUUAGACCACUGAAUCACAGAAAAUGUCUAAAGUGGGGACUCUGGAGGUUCAACUUGUGUCAGCUGUGUUUUUCAAGGAUGUCGAAUUUGUCGGCGUCCUUGGAGUCGGCGUGGGGAAACAGGACCCUUACGCCGUAUUAUCACUUGGCGACCAAAACCAUCGGUCGAAGACAAUUGUCGACGGCGGCAAGGAGCCUGAAUGGAACGAGAAGUUUACAUUUAGCAACGCUUCAUCGGACCAGCACUUGAAGCUCGAGUUCUACGAUGAGAAUGUUGUUUUCAGAGAUGUUGCUCUCGGCAGCGGCAAAGUCGCGCUAGCCAAUAUUGUCGCGACGGGGUCGAUGGCAACGGACUUGCCGUUGUUGAGCCGCAAGGGCAAAGCCCGUGGAAGUGCAAAGCUCCAAUUCACCUUUAAGGAGGGCAAAGUGACAACCAGCACAGUGGCCAGUCCGGUCGCACCGCCAAGCAAGACUGUGAAGCCAGGGAACUGGAUUCUCCCAACGUACGCGGAUACGGAUUGUUGGAAGGAUUAUGAGCCGGGCAGCAUUCUCGGCAAGGGUACCUUCGGUACUACAUAUUCAGCAACGAACAAGCGCACUGGCGAAAAAGUCGCUAUUAAGGUUAUCAGCAAGAAAAAACUUGUCAGCGCUGAGGAGAUUGCGGACGUUCAACGGGAGGUGCAGAUCAUGCAUCACUUAGCUGGGCAUCCGAACGUGGUAUGCCUUAAGGGUGUGUACGAAGACAAGAGCAACGUGUGCUUGGCUAUGGAGGUGUGCUCGGGUGGCGAGCUCUUUGACGCAAUCGUCAAGAAGGGACACUAUACGGAGAAGGAUGCCGCAAGCCUGAUCCGUACAAUCGUGGGUGUGGUGGCGCACUGCCACAAUAUGGGUGUAAUUCACCGGGACCUGAAGCCUGAAAAUUUCCUCCUGUCAGAACGGACAGCAUCAGCUGCCCUGAAAGCCACGGACUUCGGGUUGUCGUCCUUCUUCCAGGAGGGCCAAGUAUUCACAGACAUCGUCGGCAGCGCGUACUAUGUGGCGCCGGAGGUGCUGAAGCGUUCAUACGGCAAAGAGGCGGACAUCUGGUCGUGCGGUGUUAUUUUGUACAUCUUGCUGUGCGGUUACCCCCCUUUCCACGGAGAUAACGAAAAGAAGAUCUUCGAGGCGGUUGUGGGGAAGACCGUGGACUUCACCAGCGAUCCUUGGCCAAACAUUUCGGAUGCUGCCAAGGACUGCGUGCGCCGCAUGCUUGUCCGUGAUCCCAAGCGUCGCGCAACGGCUCAACAGAUACUUCAGCAUGAGUGGAUGCGGGAGAAUGGCUGCGCAGCUGACCAGCCAAUCCAGCUGGAGGUGCUGUCGCGCAUUAAGCAGUUCAGCGCCAUGAACCGCUUGAAAAAAGAGGCGCUCAAGCUAAUUGCUAAGAGCUUGCCCUUGGACGAGAUCAACGGAAUGCGCGAAAUUUUCUUGGAGAUUGACAAGGACAAGAGUGGCACCAUCUCGGUUGACGAAUUCAGCGAUGCCCUGAAGAAAAAGGGCGUGCAGGGUCUUACGGAAUCGGACGUGUCGCGCAUGAUCCAGGAAGCCGACGUAAACGGCGACGGUAUGAUUGAUUACGAGGAAUUCUUGGCGGCCACCAUCAACCGGUCAAAAUUGGAGCGGGAGGAACUCCUUAAGCAGGCUUUUGCCAGGUUUGAUGAGAACGGUGAUGGGCAAAUUACCCGGCAAGAGCUGUUUAAUGCCCUUUCGGACCCGGCGCUCGGUGUUGAUCCCAAGGAGAUUGACGAUAUCAUCGACCAGGUCGACCAGGACGGGAGCGGGACGAUUGAUUAUAUCGAGUUUGUGAGCAUGAUGCGUGCAUUGUAGGUUUACGCGCUUUCUUCGAUGCGUGAGGGGGUGAAGCAUCCGUCAUGAUACAGUUUGGCGAAGAGGCGCUGUCGAUGCGCGUGUUUCGCAUGCACUUAACCAGGACUUAGGGUCGCGGGUCGUUACCAGAAUUGAUUUGUGGUGUCACAUGGUCAGCUACCUGAACUGAUUUAUGGUGCAUGACCAGUUUCCCUUUUAUACUACAUUAUUAUUCUGGGUAGUGAUGGAAUAUGGACGUGAACAACAUAUUGCGCACUGCUACUUAUGUCUGACCUUGUACAUUACAUUCGGAAUUAAUCGGUAACAUACCAAUUCACGCGUCAUGUGGCAAGUUGCAGCGAUGUCGUUGCGGACCUUACCAACGUUGGUACGCCAUCAACUAUGGGGGAUGUCCCGCGGCGUAAUGUAUGACGUGCUAUGUUGCAUACAGGUGACGAUCGAAUGAUUGGCACCUAUAUUCUCAACUUGUAAAUAGUAUGGAUGUC